UCUCUCUCUCUCUCUGUGUGUGUGUGUGUGUCUGUGUUUGUGUGCGUGUGCGUGUAUGUGUGCGCGCGCGCGCGUGCGCUCGGAUUCACCCGCAGCCAUAAUGAGCCCAGAGCUUCAUCCCGAACCGAACCGAAGCGAAGCGGCUAGCUUUAGCUUUAGCACCGGGCCAGCAGCUCGUUUUCUGCACUAGUUAGGGUUGCGUUAUGAAAUGAGUGAUCGUGAACGUGAUACAGCUGAUGAUUGUCACCAAACACACACAUCUCUCACACUCCCCGUUAGAGCAGUCAUCUUCAGGAGUCUGUCUGAUCAGAUCCAAAUAUUAUUUACUGUCACUCGGAAAUCAGUCAGAAUACAGCAGUGGAUGAAUGUGACCGGCAUGAUGGGAAAGAUCUUAUGAAGGAUCAUGAUAUUGACAGGAACCAUGAAUUUGCGAGAGCUGCAUCUGAACGGGCCGCGAUGAGCAGUGCGUCUGAAGAUCGUCCGCUGUGAAGACGCCACGCCUGACCCUCUGCCUGCUGGGAGCUGCGACUCUUUCAGUGUUCAGUCAUUUGAGGUGCUUUUAUGUCCAGAUCGGAAGCGCUUUCGGACUUCUUUCUCAUGGCUUUGAUUGGCCAGACACUAGCGGCGGAGUUCCUGUCUGCAUCGAGUGGCAAAGUAAUGCGGCUCUUCCUCUGGGCUGCGCUGUGAGCCGUCUCGCUGCGGUCCUGUUGUGCUCCGUCUUCCCUCUUCUGAGCGUCAGAAUGAGACAUUGUGUCGGGACAGAGAAGAGCGUGUGAUCUCUCACGAGGAGUUUUGCACCGGUCCAUAAAAAUGAAUGGAGGAAAAGAGAGGGAGGGUGUUGAGGGCAGAGGUCAGCUGGCCCAGGUGCCCAUCGGCUGGCAGCGCAAGGUGGAGGCCUCGGGGGUCCUGUAUAUCAGUCCGAGUGGAUCAGUGCUGUCCUGCCUCGAGCAGGUGAAGUCGUACCUGCUGACCGACGGAACCUGUAAAUGUGGCCUGGAGUGUCCACUCAUCCUCCACAAGGUUUUCAAUUUUGCUCCUGGUGCGGUGGUGAAGCAGAGGACUGCGGAGGACGUGAAGGCUGAUGAGGAUGUGACCAAGCUCUGCAUCCACAAGAGGAAGCUGAUCGCAGUGGCCACGCUGCAUAAGAGCAUGGAGCUGCCGCCUCCGUCCCUGACGCUCACCAGUCCCAGUGGAGCCACAAGUGUGACCUCCGUGACCCCUACUGCACAGCCUCGAGCAAUAAGGAGUAAAACCCACGAGGGCCAGCCAGAAUGUAAGAACCCGUUCAAGGCGAUGAUGGCGGCGGGGCAGCGGCACUUCUCUCCGGAUCCGUGCGGCCCGCAGCAGCUGGAGGUUUUCCCUGCGUUCUCCCGGCACAGGCUGGUCAGCGGCGGGCACGGAGGCAUGCUGAGUCCUCCCUCGCAAGCCUUUGGAGACGGCUCUCUGUCCCCGCGAACGGACGCUCUCGGCAGCCCCGAUGGGUUUGUGCGCAACACCCCCUGCGGCUUUCAGGGGACCGGCAGUCCUGGGGCCAUGCACAGCAGCAGCCGCAUCCCUCUGUCUUCUCCCGGAGUCAUGAUGCACGGCUCGCCCGCCGCCCAGUCGUCCUGCAUCAUGGCCGGAAGGACUAACAUGCCUCUGUCCCCUCCGGUCCCCAACAAGAGCCCCAUCAUGAAGAAGCCCCUGUGCAGUUACCCGACGGGCAUGGACUCCAGCAGGACCGUGUUUCCGCACAAGGCCCCGUCUGCUCCCGCCUGCGCCCUGCAGAGCAAGCAGCUGAGCUCCGAGAAGGACCCUCUCGGCAUCCUGGACCCCAUCCCCAGUAAACCCAACCCUUCUGCUUUCCAGCCCAGCGCCCACUCUCAGGUACCAAUGAUGAAUGUAAACAUCCCCCCCGCCAUCGUCCCUCUGCCGAGUAACCUGCCUCUGCCCUCGGUGAAGCCGGGGCCGGUGGGUCACAUGCAGAGGACGCAGCACACCGCCUCCGUCUCCCCGUCGCCCGUCACCUCGCCCGUGCACAUGUCCGGGCCGGCCUUGGGCCGCAUGGAGGCGUCUCCGCAGCGCUCCCGUUCCUCCUCCACCUCCUCGGAGCAGGGCAGCUUCGUCGUUCCCCCCUGCGGCAACAUGAAGGUCCCGCCACGCUCGCCCAGGUCCUCCAUGAGCUCGCCCCGGCCCGCUCUGCCCUCCAGCCCGUCUGGCAAACCGGACGCUCUCCACCAGUACAAAGACGUGUCCAGCCAGCUGCUGGCGGGGAUGAGCGCUCAGCACAACCCCAUGUAUCCGCCGGCCCCGGGCUCCGCCCCGCAGAAGGAGCACCCGGGCCUCUUGGGAAUGCCACUGAACCAGAUCCUUAACCAACACAACGCUGCCUCUUUCCCCGCCAGCAGCCUACUCUCAGCGGCCGCCAAAGCACAGCUAGCAAAUCAAAACAAGCUGGGGAGCGGCGGGGCGAGCGCUGGGCCGUCUGAUGCUGGCAGGGCCGUCGAAGGCCACAAUGCUCUAAAUCCCAUGCUGCCACCCAACCCCGCCAUGAUCGUGGCCGGCGGCGAGGGCCAGAGUGGACGCGCCGCGCUUCGGGACAAGCUGAUGGCGCAGCAGCGCGACCCUCUUCGCAAGCGCAAGCUUCCUCCCAACGCUAACCACGAUGGCGCUUUCUUUAUGAGGACGCCCUGCCCCUCAGCCGAGCAGAUGAGAAAAACCGCCCGGCUGCCCUCCAGCACGUCGAUGGCUCAGCUGCUGCAGUCUCUGAGCAACCACAGCUCACACGGGCCCCGGGGCCGAAGCUUGUGCGAGGUUCCGAGCGCGCAGGUCCAGCAGCGGCUGCACGGCCCCGGAGUGGAGUCUGCGGCACAGUAUCCCGCCGGGAUCAACCAGAUGCAGGCCACGGCGAUGAGAAACUGCGGGCCCGUGAACCAAAGCGGACAAGUUCCUCUCGGAAAUCACGUGAUGGGUCACGCGAACGCUCACUUCCAGCCGCGCGUCAACUGCAUGCUGCCCGCGGACGCCGCGACCGACGCAGGUGAUGCGGCGGCGCUGAGCUGCAGCAUGGCUAACACUCCUCAGAUGAUGGCGUCCGCGGGGCACCUGUACCAUCAGCAUCAGCAGCAUCAUCAUCAGCAGCAUCAGCAUCCGGCGCUGCACGUCUCCGCUUAUCCCGGCCAGGGCCAUUCCUUCACUACGGCUCCUUUCACAGACAAUAACGUUCCCAACUCCAACAGCCUGCCUUGCCUGUACCAGGAUUAUCAGGGCUGCAUGCCUGAUGGCGGCCCGCCGGCUAUGAGCUCUCUCUCUGGAGACGCAGGCCUGUACCGCGACGCUCCGCAGAAGCUGCAGGGUGAGGUUUCUGUGCCGGGAGGCUCUGGAGGCCAGAGUUCGGUGGAUGCGAUCUACAGAGCGGUGGUGGACGCCGCUGGCAAAGGCAUGCACGUGACCAUCACUGCCGGCGCAAGCGGCAGCACACAGGCCAGCCCCGUCCCCGCGCUCCGCGCCAUGAGUGCCUUCACCGCCUCCAUCGGCCCUCCGCUCGGCCUGCCUCACGCCGUCAGCGCCGUCAUUCAUGCGCCACGCGGAUCCGAGGGCACAAGCCGCCCGCCGCCCAACCGCAGGAGCUCCGAGCAGAACACGCCCGACGGUGCUGACGCCCACGAGUUCUUCCGCUCGCCGCGGCCACACUGGGACGAGCCCAGCCAUGCGCCCUGGAGAGGAGAGGAGUUCCUGGAGUGCUCCACACAGGUGCGCAGCAGCAGAGCGGAGAGGAAAGCCCUGAUGGAGUGUCCGCCGGACACAGCCUCCGACGCUCAGACGGACGACAGCGCGAGCCUGCGGUUUAGCCACCGCACCAGAGAGCGGCUGGAGCUCAACGGAGCGCUGCCUCGCACCGGAUACGGGGAGCCGCUCACUGGAGAUGACCAGUCGCCCGGAUCCUCCACCAGCUUGGAAGGGCCGCUGCUCAAAGACUACACUCACUUCAACGGGCACUUUAACGGACACUGUGCGCCCAGCCCCUCGGACACCAAGAGCCUCAGCAGCGAGGAGGAGCUGCGGCACCCCGACUCUCCGUCGGCCGAGCUGCUGCACUACAGGCCCCGGGCCUUCAAUAUGGGCGAGCUGGUCUGGCCGAUCAAAGGCUUCCCGCCCUGGCCGAACAAACUGAUGGGAGAAGAGCAUGGGCGCAAUCCCAGCAUGCAACUGUCAGAACAGGCCAAGGUGGAACCGGAGCAGCUGAAAACACUAACACAAGACCUUCAGAUGCUGGACAGAGCCAGCAAAAAAAACAGGAAGGCGGGAAAGCUGAAUCAUCAUUUAGAAGCUGCGAUUCAUGAGGCCAUGAGUGAGUUGGAUAAGAUGUCUGGAACUGUUCACCAGGAUCGUCAAGUCAAACUGCCCAAACCCAAGAGGAGGAAGAUCUCCAGAUAACAGCAGCGUCAGUGUCUCUCUCUCUCUCUCUCUCUUUGAUCGUGGUGCUACACUCUAGCAGACGGCUCAUCGUGGCCCCGCCCUCAUCCAGUGACUGACAGGUGCUGGAUCAGCCAAUUAGAAAAGGCAGCAAAAACAACUUGCUGAAGAACUAUUUUUUUCUAGUGUACAAGGAAAAAUAUCAAAAAAGCAAAAAAAAAAAAAAAAAAAAAAAGAAAGAAAGAAAA